AUGCCAGCUCGACAACAAUCAUCUUCCUCUGAGAUCGCUUUGUCGUCGAGUCCGACCUCACCUAAUCCCAGAUCUUCUCUACGCCGCUUGAGCUCUCUCGCCAACCUUCAUCAAUUCAAUCCUUUCAACUCUUUCAAUCGCAGACGCUCGAGUCAUAGCACCCAGAACUCUGACGAGGAUCCAUAUCUCCUCAGCACCUAUCAACAAAGACCGCAAAAUCAGCAAAGUCGUCAGACCUACGUUCCACUAUCUGACGAACCAUUGCCUGCGUUGCCUAAGAGUCGCACUUUCAGCAACCUGCCCCGGACGCGAGCUCGCAACAAUUCUAAACCACCAGUAUCUCUGAAGCCGCCAUCACGCAUCCCGACACCUACAAUGAGUUCCAGUGCGAAGUCGAGGUUGGCCAGUGCAACCAAAAGUAUCCUCAAAGUUAGCAACCGACGCGUGCUUGUCCGAUCAGAUACUGAGCCCUUGUUGGUCUCAAACUAUUCACAUGAGAUUCCAACCUCAACCAAUGUUCACAAGGAGAAUGACCCAAUCAAUGUUUACACAUCAGACCCGACGAUUAAUCGGAUCGAGUUGCCGCAAGUUCCACUGUAUCCUCUCGAGUUGGAGGUCAAAACUUUUAACCCAGUCAAACGACUUCAGACCCCGGUAAAUCGUAUACCAAAACCACCUCCGAGAAGGGACUCGUUGCAACAAUCUACAUCUUGCACCCCAUCAACCAAGAAACCCUGUCCCAAGGUUCCAAAGACUCCAGUCACCGUGAUAUCGAAGCCAAGAAGACAGACAAUGCUUGCCCCAGAAGCUGUUCCUCUGCAUUCUGUCCAUGAUAAGGGAAAGUAUCGCUCUUCAUUCAGCUCUGACAUUCAAUUUUGUCAACUGCUCACACCUCGCGCCGCACCGACGCACUCACCAUCUUCUUGCCCACGCCCUUCGGCUACCUGUCUCCGGCCUGACGACAGUACUAGCAACAUCAACAUGGCCAGUGACUUUGUCACGUCAGCCCAGUCGACUGCUUACUGGAGUGGCCGCCUGAUGUCACAGUUCGACAGGCGACGCAAUGAGGAACUCCAAGCGCUCUUGAGCCGUACCGAGCUUGGACCAGCCUAUCCUGAGAAUGACCUGAACACCUGUCUCAGGGAGUUGCAGAAAAAAUGUGUGACUGAAGAUGCGAGACUGAGCUUCGCAAUGUUCAAGGCUAGAGUGUAUGUCAAAGCAGGAACGUUGGGAACAACUGUAGGCGUGGUGGAGACUGGGAUUGAAAGUAGAGGCAAGCACAUGGUUAAAGCGUAG